AUUAAUUUCAGUAAAUUUUAAGACAUAACAAAAAUACUCAAAUUUUACGCUCAAUUUAGAACAGGAUCAAGGGGGUUGAUCUUCGUUGCCUUCGACAACACCAAAGAAAGGGCAAAAAAAAGCUCAUCUCUGAUUUUUAGAGUCUCGAUGAUGUCAAUGUGAAAGCCGCAGCUCCGUUGGUUCUGAAAAGAAACCCCAAUUUGAAUAUUGCCCAUUAUCAUCCGAUCAGCUUCGGUUUUCAGAACUUGGGCAUUUGGAUAGAGAAUUCAUGGGGAAUGCCUCAUCGAUGCUUACUCAGUAUGAUAUUGAAGAAGUUCAAGAACACUGCGACAAACUUUUCUCCCAACAGGAAAUAGUGUCCUUAUAUCAGAGAUUCUGCCAACUUGAUAGAAAUGCUAAGGGGUUUAUUUCAGCUGAUGAGUUCCUCUCAGUUCCUGAAUUUGCUAUGAAUCCACUUUCUCAGCGGCUGCUCAAGAUGGUUGAUGGUUUGAAUUUUAAGGAUUUUGUGGCUUUCUUGUCUGUAUUCAGUGCUAAAGCUAGUAUGCACCAUAAGAUUGAAUUUAUUUUCAAGGUAUAUGAUGCAGACAGCAAUGGCAAGGUGUCGUUCGAUGAUAUCAUUGAAGUGCUCCGGGAUUUGUCGGGUCCAUUCAUCUCCGACAAGCAGAGAGAGCAAGUCUUGUGCCAACUAUUACUAGAAGCAGGCUAUACCAGAAACUCUCAUUUAACACUGGACGACUUCAUCAAGGUCCUUGGUAAUUCAGGCAUAAAAAUGGAUGUAGAAGUUCCAGUGGACUAGCCAGCUAUUGAUCUGUUAGGCCAAGCCUACCAAUUUUACUCUCAGAAAAAAAGUUGAACUCGACGAGUCUCGACUGCAGACCGUGAAGCUUGAUGUUCCAUCCAGAACUUAGACCAGAAUCCUUUCUUUUCAUCUGUUAAAGAAAUCUGCAAUAGUUUAUACUCACAGACAAUCCUUUCUUUUCUAUAUUUGUAAGAAACAGAGUCAAUAAUGUCAAUUAAUGAUGUCCUGUUGCAAAGAAAAAUA